UUCGUGCCAGAGAAUCUUUGUUGGUAUAUGUACGUGAUACUUUGUAUAUAGUAUUAUGAUUUAGUUGUGUGAAUGAACAAGUAAUCAAAACAUAAUUUAAACACAUUCCAAAAUACCAGUGAGAAUUUCCAGAAGAAAAACAAUUACAAUGCCGGCUUGUAGUGCAAGAAAUUGCAAAAAUCGCAGUGAACAUGGUUUUCGGAUGUUUUUAUUUCCUCGGGAUGAAAAACGAAAAACCGUGUGGGCAGAGAAAUGUGACAAAAAUCCAACAUUGAAUGCUAGGUUAUGCGAGUAUCAUUUUGAUGACUCACAAUUUGAAAAUCGACGACAAGAUGGAUGGCGGAAAUUGAAACCCAAUGCUAUUCCAACUAUUUUUGGAAGUAAUUCUGAUCCAUCUUCAAUUGAGCAACAAAUUCAACCAACAAAUCAUGCUUUAUCUAAUUUUAAUGAAGAAUGUGGUUACAAUGAAAUUGUAAGAAAUUGUGAAAAUGUACCGAGUGAACAACAAACUCAAUUAGUUCCAAUUGCUGCAUACGUAAGUGUUGAAACAGAUGAUGAGAUAACUGCACAGAAGUUACAAACAAAGUCCAUGAUUAAUGAAGAAGGAACUAUCCAACAAGCUAAUGAAAUAAAGUAUUUACUCAAACAAUUGGAGCAAGAACGAACAAAAAGUACUGUUUUCAAAUCCAAAUAUGAAAAUGAGAAAAUUUUGCGAUUAAAAACAACAAAAGCCAUGGAAACAUAUAAAAAAAGGUACAUAACACUGUCUAAAAAACUUGAAAAAUCACCAAUUUUCAAACAAUUCAUAUUAGGACUUUCCAAGCAAAAGACAAAAUGGUCUCCGCAAUGUUUACAACUAGCUAUACAGAUAAGAUAUACUGUUGGAUGGAAGGCUUAUUUGUAUCUAAAGAAAGAUUUGGGUUUACCAUUGCCAUCUUAUUCUACACUAUGCAGAUAUAUAACAAAGUUUAAUUUUCAACCUGAUAUGCUAAGAAAUGUUCCAUUAUUAAUGAUAAAGAAAAAGGAAACUCAUAAAUCUUCACAUCAAAACGAUUGUGUUAUUUUAAUGGAUGAAAUGGAUAUUCAACCAGCAUUAGGGUGGUUGUCCCAACAUAACUACUGCAAGGAAAAUACGAUACAAUAGCAAUGAGUAAACUCUAAACUGGCCGACAAUAAUCUGCUAUCUAUUUUAAUUGUAUAUGUAUGAAUAUAUAUAUAAAUACAUACAAUAUAUAUAUAAAUACAUAUAAUACAUACAAAUUAUGUUGUAAAUAUGAAUAUCCUUGUGAAUAGAACAUCUAUGGGAGUUGGCCACUUAUCAAACAAUACUCAUUGUACAACAGUUGCCAAGAUAAAAUAAUAAUAAUAACU